UUCUCUAGCUCACCGUAAUCGGUGGUCGGUACCCAGCACACCGGCAGGCGCCGACAGUCCUCUAGCUGAUGGGUUUCCAUUUCAUUGAUCCAAUCCAAUCCAAUCGUCUCUUAACGUAGACGAUCGCUGCAAUUCUUUUACUGUCCGGUUCUCCGUCCGAGCUAGAAUUUCCCAAAUUCCACUAUUUUCAGGCUGCUUAUCUUUUCUUAGGAGGCUAUGGCGUCGUUGUCCCAUUCUACAUGUUUCCCGUUAAACAUGUUUAAUACAUCUCCCAGUUCCUCUUCUUCGACCUCCAUCACAUUCCUCGCUUCUCGGCGAAGAUAUGGUUAUGGGUCCAAUUCUUUUUCUCUUGACCUGAAGCAGGGGAAUAUCCCUUGUUCAUGUAUUGCGCCUUCAAAGGACCUCAGGACCAAUGAUGAGAAUCCCUCCUCUAGAUUCGGACAUUCACAUAAUUUGGAGGAUCUGACUGCUGGUUGGGAUUUGGAAGAUGAGUCCGAUGUUCUAAUUGAAUGCAGAGAUGUUUACAAGUCAUUUGGAGAGAAACAUAUAUUGAGAGGUGUGAGUUUCAAGAUUAAGCAUGGAGAAGCUGUUGGAAUAAUUGGGCCUUCUGGAACUGGAAAAUCUACCAUUUUGAAAAUAAUGGCUGGGCUUCUUGCUCCUGAUAAGGGAGAGGUAUUCAUUCGAGGAAGAAGAAGAGACGGCUUGAUUAGUGAUGAGGAGAUAGGUGGCCUAAGAAUUGGCUUGGUAUUUCAGAGCGCAGCUCUUUUUGAUUCGUUGACUGUUCGAGAAAAUGUUGGUUUCUGUUUAUAUGAGAACUCUAGCAUGUCUAUGGAUGAAAUCAAUGCUCUUGUAAUAGAAACUUUGGCUGCUGUUGGGUUGAAGGGAGUUGAGGAUAGAUUACCUUCUGAGUUGUCGGGUGGAAUGAAGAAAAGAGUUGCUUUAGCUCGAUCCAUCAUUUUUGAUACAUCAAAAGACGUACUCGAGCCUGAGGUUCUCUUGUAUGAUGAGCCAACAGCUGGGCUAGAUCCAAUCGCAUCAACUGUGGUUGAAGAUCUCAUCCGGUCUGUUCAUUUUAAAGGUGAUAGCAUGCCAAAGAACCCCGGGAAGAUUGCAUCUUACAUUGUUGUCACUCACCAACAUAGCACCAUAAAAAGAGCUGUUGAUAGGUUACUGUUCCUUCACGAGGGAAAGGUAGUGUGGCAAGGAAUGACUAACGAAUUCAUGUCAUCGACAAAUCCAAUUGUCCAACAGUUUGCAUCGGGCAGCUUGGAUGGACCAAUCAAUUACCUAUGAAGUCAAAUGCUUGUCAUUGCUUUAAGGUGGGAAAUGUCUAUUUACAAAUUCAUGGAAUUAUUAGGUGUCAUUUGUUAAAAGAGUAAGAGAUUGGCUUGAACACUAACAUGUCAUUUACAAAUGAUUGUUUUCUGUUAUAAUUUUAUAUACAAAAACACUAAUAAUUAUCAUGUGGGAACUAUCUCCA